ACAUGGAGAGAGAAUGACAGGUUCGUUUUUGAGAGAGAGAGAGAGAGAGAGAGAGAGAGAGAGAGAGAGAGAGAGAUUGGUCGGAUGAUGUUUGGGUGCCAGUGUUUCCAUUGGAGCAGGGUACCGAAUCUGUUACCUACAGAGAACGACGCAUUCUCUCUGCCGGUUCCAAUUCCCACAUGGCCUCAAGGUAAAGGUUUUGCCACUGGAAGAAUAAGUUUGGGAGAAAUAGAAGUCGUCGAAAUCACCAAGUUUGAGUUUAUUUGGGAGUACAAUUUUCCUCAGGACAAGAGAAAAGGUGUUACUUUUUAUAAACCUGUAGGAAUACCAAAUGGGUUUUUUAGACUUGGUGACUACUGUCAAUCUAAUGACCAGCCUUUAAGAGGGUUUGUACUUGCCGCACGUGAAGCGACUUCGCCUGAAUCCGAAUAUUCAUGCAUUUGGAACCAAGACAAGCCACCGGCUCUUCUCAAGCCCCUUGAUUAUGCAUUAGCCUGGAGUUCAAAAGAUGGGAAUGAGGAAGAUUUUGUUGGAUGUGGUUUCUUCUGGUUACCCAUGUCACCCGAAGGAUAUAAAGCCUUGGGAUUUGUGGUCACUAUCAAGCCAGACAAGCCUGAAUUAGAAGAAUUUAGAUGUGUUCGAGCUGAUCUAACAGAUAAAUGCGAGAACUAUAGACUAAUGCUGGAUUCCAAUAAUAGCUUUCCAGACUUAGCCUUUCGAGUCUGGACCACCAGGCCCUCUGAUAGGGGACUGAAUGGGAAAGGUGUAUCCGCGGGGACUUUUUUCUGCACUAGCUAUUGGAGUUCUGAAGGAGAGCUACCUUCAUGUUUGAAGAACUUAAGUCCCACUCUACAAGCAAUGCCGAAUAUGGAUCAGGGUCAUGCGCUCAUAAGGCACUACGGUCCCACGAUUUUCUUCCAUCCCGAUGAGGUUUAUUUGCCAUCUUCUGUUUCAUGGUUCUUCAAAAAUGGUGCCUUGUUAUGCAGAAGUGGGGAGUCAGUUGGCGAGGCAAUUGAUGCUGGAGGCUCGAAUUUGCCAGGUGGCGGGUCAAAUGACGGGGCUUACUGGAUAGAUCUACCUAGUGAUGACAGAAGAGAGAGCGUCAAGAAGGGAGAUUUAGAAAGUGCAGUCCUCUAUGUCCAUUUGAAGCCGGCUUUAGGCGGGACUUUCACCGAUAUUGUAAUGUGGGUAUUUUGUCCCUUUAAUGGGCCUGCUACCCUGAAGGUUGGAGUAAUGAACCGAACCCUUAGCAAGAUUGGACAACAUGUGUGUGAUUGGGAGCAUUUCACACUCCGAAUAAGCAACUUCACUGGGGAGCUUUGGAGUGUGUAUUUUUCACAACACAGCGGAGGGAAUUGGAUGGAUGCUUCUGAUUUAGAGUUCAUAGAGGGGAAUAAAGCUAUAAUUUACUCAUCUAAAAACGGUCAUGCCAGUUUUCCUCAUCCGGGUAGCUACAUCCAGGGGUCCGCAAAGCUUGGGAUUGGAGUGAGGAAUGAUGCUGCUCGUAGUAAUUACUAUGUUGAUUCGAGCACCCGUUACGAGAUCAUGGCAGCAGAGUAUCUAGGAGAAGGGAUUGUUAGAGAGCCAUGUUGGUUGCAGUUUAUGAGAAAAUGGGGUCCGACUGUCGUGUACGAUUCGAGAGCUGAGCUAGGUAAGAUCAUCAAUCGUUUACCAUUGGCGCUUCGAAAUUCAGUGGAGAAUAUUUUUGACAAGUUACCGGUAGAGCUGUAUGGGGAGAACGGUCCUACUGGGCCGAAGGAAAAGAACAACUGGGAAGGUGAUGAAAGAUCCUAGUUUAUUUGUUUGAUUCUCGAUGUACUGUGAUGCUUGCAUCAAACGGGACAGAACAUCACAAAAGUUGGUCAGUCUUGCUGCUACCCUGUGUUAGUAGUCCUGCUCUUAUUGGUUUGAAAACAGGCAUGGUUUCGGAAUUAGGAUGGUGAAGUCUCUUGCGAAGCCGAGUGAGUAGGAAGUGGGAGAAGUCGAACAUCAGUAGUACUUGCGGGUUGUUUCACUAGAGUUGAUCUUAUUUAUUAGGAACGGCGAAGAUAUCUGUAUAGUUGAGUGAGCAUAUUCGGAAUUUAUGUGGAAGAAGUCGAAAUGCAAGGGGGUUUCUUCCCGGAUUGCUAGCGAAUUGAGAACAGAUUCUCUGUAGAUUGAAGAUGAGCUUUAAUGGCGGGAGAGGAGUAAAAAUACGUCUUGAAUUUUGUUGUGAUGAUAUUAAGUUGUUGUAAAUUGUACUACUUUAUAUGUACAUUUGAUUAUUCUUCUUUUCCUUCA